AUGGUGGACAAGGAGCUGUAUAAGAUUACACCAGAAGAAAGUGCAACAAUUCAGAAUCAAAAUAAGAAUCGCAAACAUACUGCUGUAGAAGACCGCAUGCACGUGGGAAAUUGGGUAAAAUAUUCCGAACCAAGGCUAGCAACAUUCAGUCCUUUCCACCAUGUUGCAAACUUUGUCAAAGACAAUGAGCAAAACGAUGAAGCUUUGCUGAAGAAGGCUGAGAAGAACAUCAAGGAACUAAGGGAGUGCUAUGAUGAGGAAGCAACAAAGGACUAUGACGACAAGUGCCUCAAGUGGAUGUGA